CGCCCGGAGUCCUGGGACCCUCCCGGCCUUCUGCUCCCUGGGUGGGCGGAGGCGUCCUGGCGGGGUCGGGGGCUCGCGGCCGAGCUUCGGGACCCCAGAGGUGGCUGGGCCUCGGGUCCCCUCCCUCUGGGGAAGAGGCUGGGAGGGCCGAUCAGCAUUCCUGGAGAGAAACGACAGAACCGAGAGGCAAGGCUGCGGGCCGUACGACGUGUGCCCCUGGUCGGGGGAGAGGAGGUGCUGAAUCGGGUCUCGCGUCCGCCGCCUGGCUGCUCCCAAAAGUGGGGAGGAGGUUGAUGGCGUCAGGUCCCACGCAGAUUGGAGAAACGCAGGCUCAGAACCCUGGAGGGACGCUUCGCCCAGCCGGGGCAGAGCGUGAACUCUCACGUGGGGGGUAGUGCCCACGAGAGGGGCAUGAGUUAACUGAUUGCAACAAAGGGCGCAGAGGGGUCUUCGGAAGGAUGUGGCCUUGCCCCAGGCCUUGGAAGGCUACUACGUGGGCAUGUGCUUUGCAGCUUCUGAAAAGCGGCUCUACUCCCCCAGCCAGGCCCCAGAUGCCUGGCAGUUCUUCCUUCUGCUGGCAGUGACCGUGCCCACAAUUGCCUGCACCCUGAUCUACUACUGGUCCUGGGACCGGUGGGCCCACCACCCUCUGGCCCGCACUCUGGCGCUCUAUGCCCUCCCUCAGUCGGGCUGGCAAGCUGUUGCUGCUUCUGUCAACACUGAGUUCCGGCGGAUUGACAAGUUUGCCACAGGGGCACCAGGUGCCCGUGUGAUUGUGACAGACACUUGGGUGAUGAAGGUGACCACAUACCAUGUGCACGUGGCCCAGCAGCAGGACGUGCAUCUGACGGUGACAGAGUCGCAGCAGCACGAGCUCUCACCUGACUCACACCUGCCUGUGCAACUCCUCACCAUCCGGGUAGCCAGUGCCAGCCCUACUGUGCAGGCCUUUAACAUCCGAAGGGUGUCACCUGGUGGCCCUGGUACAGCAGCCCCCGCCUCAUGCAGGCUGAACUCCACGGAGUACGGCGAGCUGUGUGAGAAGCUCCGCGCACCUAUCCGCAGUGCAGCCAGCGUGGUCAUCCUCCAGAGCCUCGGCGACCUGUUUCUGGAGACGUUUGCUUCUUUGGUGGAGGCCAACCCGGCCUACUCGGUCCCCAGCAGCCAGGAGCUGGAGGCGUGCAUUGGCUGUAUGCAGACACCUGCCAGUGUGAAGCUGGUGAAGACCUGCCAGGAGGCGGCCGAGGGCGAGUGCCAGCAGUGUUACUGCCGCCCCAUGUGGUGUCUCACCUGCAUGGGCAAGUGGUUUGCCAGCCGCCAGGACCCACAGCGCCCCGACACCUGGCUGGCCAGCCGCGUGCCCUGCCCCACCUGUCGCGCACUCUUUUGCAUCCUGGAUGUGUGCGUUGUGCGCUGAGGGCUAGCCCUGCUGGGCAGGGUGAGGGAGCGGCCCUGAGUCCCCACCAGCCCUGCCAAGGACCCCACAGCCACUAGGGGAGCAGUCUGCCUCCAGGCUCUGGGUGGGGCUGUCAGCCAGGCCUCUUCACCAGCUUGAUGAGACUUCAGAGGGGGAGGACCUUUGUUUAGAAAGGAAUCUCUGCCGAAGUUCCUGCGGAAAGGGUCUUCAGCACCUCUGUUGUGUCUGCGCCCCAUUCAUCCCCUUAGGGGCAUGUGCUGGACGUGGAGAACACAUUGGUCCCAUCUCCAGAGCAUCCCAGGGGCUCCUGAGCUGUUCUGGAAGACUUCGGUCUGCCCCAGAUGGUCCUAUUCUGGGCUAUUUGCCUUAAUUUUAUGGAGCACACCUGUCCCUUAGUUACACCCAGACACAGGUUCAUCUAAAAGUGGCUGUGGACUGUCUGCCCCCAUCCUUAAGAUACUGCCCCUCCACCCCCCAGCUGCUCUGAGACUCCAGGGCUGCCAGUCCAGGGUGCUCCUGGGUGGGGUGGUCUCUGCCUUCUACCUCCCUACCUGGGGAGACCCUGGGCUUCCCAUCAGGCAGGGUGAGAGGCUGGCUGCUCCCAGCGUCUGUUCCUUCAGUUCUGUGCUUGGGGCCACCCACUCCCCUGGAGGGGCACCCAUGUUCCUUUUGCUGCCUAAGUCCAAGAAGGGGCAAGCCUCAGACUCUCGGGGUGUAUGUGACGGGGAUUGAGCUGAAGACACAGUGACAUCCUACCUACAGACAAGCCUAUCAGUGCAGCACACAGCUGACUACAGUCCCAUAAGGGAGCCUGUCCCGGGGUCAAGGUGGUGAUGGAUGUCUUCCCAGUGCCUGGUGCACAGGUAGGAGGGGAGUGUCAGGGCCCAGAGACCAGUUGUGACGUGGCUGCUGGAGGAGGGUUGUCUCUCGGAGCCCUUGAACCCGUGGCCCUGUGCCCCCUAAGCCUGGCCAUUUUAAGCAGGGUGACAGAUCCAGUCAGCCCAACUCUCCCAAGGCCACACCAAAUCCCAGGGAUUUGUGAUUAGAAGAGAUCUGGCUUUGAGGGCCCUUGGGGGCACUCAGAGAUAGAUAAAGGCCAUUAGAGGGGUACCAGAAGCCACACCUGGAGUUUAGUGUACUGCCAAGGGAGGGCCAGUUGGGUUAAUUUUACAAAUAACCCAGUUUUACUAAAAAAGUUUUGUAAAAAUCUAUUGUAGCUGAGUGACACAUUAAAACGUUAGUUUGGUUA